CGUUGCCAGCCCACACUUCCCAGGACGCACGCUGCACAGCACAGGCACAGGAGGCGAAGAAGAAACAAGAUCCAUCAAGGAGAGAGAAAGCUCAAACACACACACACAAACUGGAAGAAGAGAGAGAAAGUAGAGAGAGGAACAUAACCACGCGGCCGGAGACGCCCAAAAAUACCUUCUGUUUUGGCCCAGGCAAGAAAUCCUCCGCCAAGAAACCACCGCAUUUGCGCCACCAAUCCGCCAUGGGGAGGGAGGGAUUCGUUCCCCUCUUCCUCCUCGUCGCCGUCGCCUCCCUCGCCGCCCCGGCGGCGGCGGCAGGGGACAAAUCCAGCGACGCGGCCGCCAUCGGCGACCUCGCCAAGUCGCUGACCAACCCGCCGCCAUCCUGGCUCGGCGGCGGCGACAUCUGCGACCGCAGCGAUGGCAUCACCUGCGACGGCUCGGGGCGGGUCACCGGUAUCAACCUCGCCCGCAAGGGCCUGUCGGGGACGCUGCACACCUCGCUGUCCUCCCUCACCGCGCUCCGGUCGCUGCAGCUCCAGGACAACACGCUCUCCGGCCCCGUCCCGUCGCUCGCUGGGAUGGGCUCGCUCACCACCCUCGCCCUCGACGGCAACGCGUUCACCUCCCUGCCCGAGGACUUCCUCCAGGGGCUGAUCUCCCUGACGGAGCUGAGCAUGGACGACCUUCCUCUCAAGCCCUGGAACAUCUCCGACGCCAUCGUGAACUGCGACAUGCUCCAGAGCUUCUCCGCCUCCAAUGCCUCCAUUACCGGCGCUUUCCCGGCGGUUCUUGCGAAUCUGACAUCGCUCACGACGCUGCGGCUGUCGUACAACUACCUCACCGGCGGCCUGCCGGCCGGGCUAGCCGGGCUGAGUGCUCUGGAGACCCUGCAGCUGAACAACCAGAAGUCAGAUGCCAAGCUGUCAGGGCCGAUUGAUGUCCUCGCGUCUGUGAAGAGCCUGAGGGUGCUGUGGAUUCAGUCCAACGCAUUCACCGGCCCAAUCCCCGAUUUUAGCAACUCGCAGCUGGAGACGUUCAAUGUGAGGGACAAUAUGCUCACUGGAGUGGUGCCAGCCUCGCUGAUGGGGAUCAUGAGCCUUCAGAAUGUGAUGCUAUCGAAUAACCAUUUUCAGGGGCCGAAGCCUAAUUUCACAGGCACUUUGAAGACACAAGAUAUUGAUUCUGGGAAUGGGUUCUGUCUCAAAGACCCUGGACCAUGUGAUCCUCUGGUGACCAUUUUGCUUGAGGUGGCUUCAGGGUUUGGGUACCCGUAUGAACUUGCGCAAACUUGGGUGGGAAAUAAUCCCUGCGAUGGCAGUAACCAGUGGCUUUAUCUCUCCUGCAUCAACAAAGAAGUGAUUUCUAUCAACUUGGCUAAUAAGAACUUGUCGGGGAAGAUUUCGCCGGCUUUCGCAAACCUGACGCAGCUUCAAAAGCUGAAUCUGUCGAACAAUCAUUUGACGGGAGUGAUACCUGAUGCUUUGACGACACUGCCAAACCUCUCGGUUCUUGAUGUCUCAAAUAAUGGCCUCACUGGCCCAGUGCCCAGGUUUAUGUCUUCAGUAAAGGUGACAGCCACAGGAAACCAGUUUGGGGAAUCAGGUGGUGGUAGUGGAGGAGGUGGUGGUACCAAUGGUGGUUCUUCACCUUCGAAUCCUGGAGGUUCACAAAACUCAAAGUCGAAUGCGGGAAUGAUCAUCGGAAUUCUUCUAGCUGUCAUUCUUGUCAUUAUUUGUGUUGGGCUUUUCUUACAUCAUCUAAGGAAGAAGAACAUAGACAAAUUCAGUCCUGUCUCAACAAAGAGCCCUUGUGGUGAAUCUGAGAUGAUGAAGAUUCAGGUGGUUGGGACAAAUGGCAAUAUCAAUGGAAGUGGUUCUGCAGUCCCAACUGAGCUUUACAGUCAUGUAAGCGUUGACAGCACAAACAUUGCUGAUAUAUUUGAGUCCCAGGGGAUGCAAUUGCCGAUCAAUGUGCUGCUGAAGGCCACAAACAACUUUGAUGAGGGCUGCAUCUUAGGUAGAGGAGGUUUUGGGGUGGUUUUUAAGGGGAAUCUCAAUGGGAAGCUGGUUGCUGUGAAGAGGUGCGACAGUGGCGCUAUGGGGACUAAGGGGCUGCAAGAAUUCAUGGCUGAGAUUGAUGUUCUUAGGAAAGUCAGACACCGUCACCUGGUUGCACUACUUGGGUACUGUACCCAUGGCAAUGAGAGGCUCUUGGUCUAUGAGUUCAUGUCUGGUGGAACAUUGCGCGAGCACCUGUGUGAUCUUCAGCAUAGCGGUUAUACUCCUCUUACAUGGACACAGAGGAUGACAAUAGCUUUGGAUGUUGCCCGGGGGAUAGAAUAUUUGCAUGGCUUGGCACAGGAGACUUUCAUCCACAGGGAUCUGAAGCCUUCCAAUAUAUUGCUGGACCAAGAUUUGAGAGCUAAGGUUUCAGACUUUGGGUUGGUCAAGCUUGCUAAAGAUACAGAUAAGUCCAUGAUGACAAGGGUAGCUGGGACAUUUGGAUACCUUGCUCCUGAAUAUGCUACUACAGGAAAGGUCACUACAAAAGUGGAUGUGUAUGCAUACGGUGUGAUACUAAUGGAGAUGAUUACUGGAAGAAAAGUACUUGACGACUCAUUACCUGAGGAUGAAACAAAUCUUGUAACGAUCUUCCGAAGAAAUAUGCUUAACAAAGAAAAGUUCAGGAAGUUUGUGGACCCCACUCUGGACCUGAAUGCUGAAGCUUGGAACAGCUUGCUGGAGGUAGCUGAUCUUGCUCGCCAUUGCACAGCACGAGAACCAUACCAGAGGCCAGACAUGUGCCACUGUGUGAACAGACUUUCGAGCUUGGUGGAUCAGUGGAAGCCGACGAAUGUUGACAACGACGAUGAAGGCGAGACAAGUGCGAUGGGUCUGAACCAGCAGCUAGAAAAAUGGAGAUGCAACGAUUUCACUAUAUCAGAUUCGGAUUCAUUCAACACAUUCAACGUGUCAAGGAAGUACCAUUGACAAUUUGCGAGGGACCCCGUAGCGUCAUGUAUAAAUGAGGAACCAUGAUCGAGCACAUCAAGAAUCAAUAGCUCUUUAGAUCAUGAACAGCAUUGAAGGUCAAUGUGCCAGGUGUUGUAAUUAGCCUUGAGAAGUAGGUCGCUUGAUCAGUCGGCAUGUUGCUCUUCCUGCAUUGGUGGCUGUUAAAGCCAUGCUCAGCCUCGAAGGAGUGGUAGCUGGAACUUGCUACUAUGCGUGCUUAUCCGGUCUAUAUUGUUUCGUUGUUCUAGUAACAUUGAGGAUAUCAACAAUUUGUUCUUGGAUGGUUAAGGGGGGAAAGGGAUGGAAGAAACCUUAGCGUGGUCAAAUGUUUUUCUGUUGUUGGUAGUGCUUUUUUGUGGGCUGUAGAAGGGUUGUUUUGUGUACAAUCAGCGAUGAGAGAAAUUAUUUUGCCCGUUAUUUGUAUUCGAUGCGUACAUUCCUUGUUA